AUUUAAAUCGUUUCGGUUCAUUGGCGACCCAGAUUGGUUACCCUUUGUAACAGGUAUGGCUUUUUCAAUCACGGCCCGAUAUUACUUGGAUUAACAAAAAUAGAUUAUCUUAACAAAUAGAUUUAUAUCUUGAGUGACCUCAAUUCGGAUCGAUUAGAAACGCCUCGGUCGAUAACGUUCACAUUUGACAAUCAUUGAUAUACAUACCUUCCGGGACGCCAUUCCCAAAUUUUAAUUUGUUGUCUGUGGGGGGGGGGGAGAAUAUAACUGCUAAAAUAGUCGAGAGCUUGUUUUUUUUGUUUUUGUUUUAUUAUUUUUUUAAAGGUCUAUUGAUUUAUUACAUGAGUAUGUUAUAUCAUACAUGUCUACUGGUGACCUACUAACACAAACCAUGUUCGGUAUCAGGACCCCUUCGACUUCGAGGCCAGCAUAUAGGCCUAUUUGAACAGCAAGCCACCAAAGUGCUCGUCUACAUUGUCUUGUUUUAGAUAACCUAACGGGGAGAUAUGUUGCUUUGUCGAGAUGGGGAAGGACAGAGAGUGUAAAAAAGGGGGGGGGGGGGGGAAAAAACAUUUGAGAAAAAAAAUAGUUUAUUUUGAAUAUAUAAUAUAUAUAAUUCAUAAAUGAAUAAAAUCCUUUCAUAGAGUGAAUUUUAAUUUUAUUUUUUCUGAUUUCAAGCCACCAAAGUGCUCGUCUACAUUGUCUUGUUUUAGAUAACCUAACGGGGAGAUAUGUUGCUUUGUCGAGAUGGGGAAGGACAGAGAGUGUAAAAAAGGGGGGGGGGGGAGAAAAAACAUUUGAGAAAAAACAUAGUUUAUUUUGAAUAUAUAAUAUAUAUAAUUCAUAAAUGAAUAAAAUCCUUUCAUAGAGUGAAUUUUAAUUUUAUUUUUGCUGAUUCAAUUUAAAUUAUAUAUAAUGAAACAUAAACUCUUAAUCUUGUCUUUAUUAACCAAAAUUUCUUCACACAAAUGAGUUGGUUUGAAUUUAAUCUUAUAUACCGAAGAGAAAACUAAGAAACGUAAGAACGGGAAAACCCAUUUCUAAACUUAGUUGUCAUAGAAACGUUAACUGUUUGGGGAAAUACCCUUUUCGUCAUUAAGCCAUUUUACUAGGGGUUCUCAAGCGGGAUCCCGGGAAACAAUAUGUUUUUAGGUAAAGAAGAAAAAAAUCCCGGGGAAUUAUCGGGUAUAAACUUUUAGUAUAUCUAUUUUCUUGUUUGUAUAUUUUAGCACGUCAUAGAUUGUAAACACACUGUUGCCAUAAACCCUAAGUGUAGGACAGGACUUGUAAUUGUAAAAUUUAACCAAUGACGCUUAAUUAUCAAUCUCAAUAGUGGGAGUUCACAGGUUCUCAAGCAUUUUCAUGUCAUGACCACAUUUAUAUAGAAGAAAAGUUAAAAAAUACCGCAAUACAUUAAAAAAUGGGCUUUUAAAUGGGGUACAUUCCAUUUAUUGAAAACAUCAAAUCUAGAUUUUUCAGUACAAUAUAAUAAAAUUUUAAUUAAUAACAUAUUUAAUGCAAUGAUAGAAAUUUAAAAUUCAAACUUUAAGAUAUAAAAAUUUAAAAAAAAGGUAUUAAAAAAAGAAUAAUGAGAGGGAAGAGCGCAUCUCUAUUUACAAAUCAAUAGUUCUAUUAGUUUAUUGUUUACACCGGCGGCCUCUAAGAAAUUUCAAAGAAAUCCAUUUAAAAAAAAUUAAUGUCACAUCAUUUAUAACUUGUAAACCGUACUCUGGUAACUUGAUUAUAUCACGUUCAGAGGUCAAACUAUCUUUACAUUUUAUGUUUUUACUUCCCUAAUGUUACAUAUCAACCUAAUUUAUUAGGGGUCGUCCAUUAAUUGUGUCAACCAAAAUAAGGGGGAGAGGGGGGUUUGGAAAUGUUUGACAAUUGCUUACAAGGGGGAGGGGGGUUAGAUUAGUUGACGUCAACACUCAUGAUUUCUCUAUAAAAAUUUGUAUCUUAAAAUUGACUUGUUAUUACAUUAUUUUAACAAAUUUAAAUUAAUGUAAAUUUAAAUAGUUAUAUAAUUUUUAAGUUAUAUUUAAUUUUAACUUGUUUAUUAACAAGAUAAAGAUGCAAUGAAAAGGUUUUCCUUCAAUUUUGUGCUAUUAAAAUAGAUCAGCACAAAGUAAAAUGUAAUUAUAUAUUUAUUUCUAUUAUAAUUCAUUGGGGGGGGGGGGGGGGGGAAAAAAAUUGUUUUAAAAUUUAUUAACAAGAUAAAGGAUCAAUGAAAAGGUUUUCCUUCAAUUUUGUGAUAUUAAAAUAGAUCAGCAAAAAGUAAAAUGUAAUUAUAUAUUUAUUUCUAUUAUAAUUCAUUGGGGGGGGGGGGCGGAGAAAAAAAUUGUUUUAAAAUUUCUGCCGUAAUUAAUGGACGCCCCCUUAACAAUUUUAAUUCCCUCAUAACGAACCCCUUGCAAGAAACACUUUUCUGUAAAUAUUUCGUGACAGAUUGGAAUCUAGAAUUUGAGGUCUGUAAAAAAUGCACGUUUCUAAUAAAGUGUAAUUUAAAAAAAAAAUGUUUUCCCCUGUAGGGUGUCUUUUCCAGCUUUAGCCUGACAAGCACAACGAUAGCUAGUUGCCUAUAACCAGGGAUUAGCAAGGGGGAAAAAUGAAGCGCCUAGAAACAAUAGACCAACCUCUCAGCUAAAGUUAACUCAAUUGUUCCCCUUCAUUAAAACACUAUAAAAAAGUAAACAAUUAUAAAACGCUCAUUCUAUCCUAGUUAAAUUCGGCUGAUAUUACAAUGUAUAAAGAAUUAACUCCUGGAUCCCGGCAUGAGAGAUAAAUCCGGGAUGUGCGAAAUCCUCACGUUCACCCACAUCUUGUGUGGUCUACGGCAGUGGUUCCCAAACUUUUAAGUUUGGCGGACCGGUGAACACGUUUCGAAAUUUUACCAGGGACCGGUGCAUGAUUUAUUUUUAUACUUUAUCUAUUUGACAAUGAAUAUUUAUGUUAUGGGGACCGGCAGCGUUAGGCAUGCGGACCGGUGAAGGUCCACGGACCGCCAUUGGGGGAACACUGGUCUACGGUGUACAAUAUUUUUAUCCAAAAAAACACCGGCACGCUCGUCGCAAGUUUCGCUCGGGGAUGUGUGUGUGGGGGGGGGGGGAUUAACAAGCCUGACGUACACGAUAUUCUGACCAACGGGGUUCUUGAAGUAAUUGUACAAGAUAUUUUCAGCGUGGUGAUAUCUGGCCUGUACAACUCAGAAUGUAAGGCGGGCCGUAAUACUUUAUGAAAAAAACUUGUGCGGAACAAACUAAAAUAGGAAAGGUCUUUUCCGGACCAAAAGAAAAUAGGACCGGAAAAAAAAGGUGGGGAAGCUAUUAAGAAAAUAAUAAGACUAAAGAAAAUUUCGUUGAAAUACGCCAUGGGCCGCAAAGUUGGUGCUGGCGGGCCGUAUGCGGCCCGCGGGCCGUAUGUUGUGCAGGCCUAGCUUAGCUAAUGUGACAUUGCUAGUAAACAUGUACGCACACGGCAAAAGUGAUAGCUAAGCUGAAGUCAAGGGAACAGAUACGUGCUACUCAGAUUUAUAAAAGGCUGCGCGUUCACAGGUCGUAGAAGUCCCGCAAACCACACAGGAUUAGAAGUUGCGCUAUCCUCAACCAAACACACCCUUAACCACACAUUCUCCCCAUCAACCCCGGCAAGGGAUGAUCUAGGAAUGAUCCAGGAAUGAUCCAGGAAUGAUCUAGGAAUGAUCUAGGAAUGAUCUAGGAAUGAUCUAGGAAUGAUCUAGGAAUGAUGUUUCGAAAAAGGGCGGUGCACCCCAAGCAACUGUUGUUUUAAAAAAUGUUUUAUGGAGAGAAGGGGUUUUGGGCAAACUUCAGAUAUAAUUCUUAAAGAAGUUGGGUGGCGAACAUUUUGCCCCCACCCGUUUCCGUUUCCACGCCAUUGACCCCAUCCUGUUCCACUAAUCCUCAUCAUAAAAAUCACCACGCCGCCAUCGUCCCAACCAUCUUAACUCCCAUCCAUCUGUUAGAAUCAGCAGUAAUCCUGCGCCCCACCCCCCUCUUCUUUUUUCCCCCCUUCUCUCCACUCUCUUGCCCCUACCUUCUCCACAUCUCAACUGUACUGAUUAAGUAUUUGAUUAAAUGUGAAUAGUUUAUUCACUUGAGUCUCAUUUAGUGAAAGCUCCUUCAGUUAAGAAAAUUAUCUGAAAGUAAUUGAACAACAACAUUAACAGCAACAGCAAACAAAGCCAAGUAUAACAAAAUAAACAUACAUUUUCAAAUUCAUUUAUUUAACUAUAAUUAAUUAACAGCGAGUAAUUUUAUUUCCACAUAUGAAACACAUUAAGGAAGAGACUUUAAUGAUUUAUUAUGACAUACAUAAUGAUAUACACAAUGAGUUUAAAUUAAAAACAUAGCUUUAUAUUCAGGAAUAAUAAUAAAAAAUACUAAAAUUUAAAUAAGAUUGUUACAUCUAUAUAUAAUCAUAUAAAAUACAAUAAAUUAAAUAAGAGAGUAACAUCUAAACAUAGUUAUAUAAAAUGCCUCACAUAUGAAAAUUGAUUGAAAAAGAACAGACAUUGCCCACAUCUACAAUCUUCAAUAUAAAAUAUUAUUUUUGAAUGCUAUUGAUAAUUUCCAAUAGAUAACUGGGAAGGAACGAGAUGAAAGAAUUUAUUUGAAAUGAAUUAUUUAACAUUUUGGAAUGAGAAUAGAUAUAUAUCGGAAGAAAAUGUGCACUACGCUAGGCAUGGCCAAAUAAGUAAAUACUUACCGUGUUUACCAAACAAUCAACACGGCAAACCUUAUAUCAAAUGCGUCGCUCUCAGAAUUACAGAGGGAAGAACUGAUCCCCGAAUAAGGAUACACUCUAUCUAUAUCUAUAUCUAUAAUUUAUAGGGCUUGGCUGCAGUGUUUGCCGUUGAGGUCAUAAAACACUUACCUGGCAUGGCCUACGUUUUCUUGACAUAAAGAUAAUGUCAGAUAAGCAUUUAUAGAAACGAAAUACAAUUACGUGCUCUCAAAUCUUUUUUUUUUUGUUCUUGUUUUUGUUUUAAAUAGAAAUAAAACAUAGCAAGGGAUGUUAUAAAUAGCAGCCAUUCGUUGUCUGUUUUAGAGGGCUUCGUCUUCCGGUUUCUCGUCAAUAAUUAUUAAUAAAAGAACCCCACCCAGGAAGGCUGUUCCCUAGUUACGCCUAUGCACCAUUUAUGCAUGCCCCCCUGAACUAUGUGAUAAUUCUAAUCUGAUAUUCUAAUCCCCCCACCCCACAUUCACACACACACAGACACCACGCAAUGAACUUCUUAUAAAUUGUUACGAGAUCUACUUUUGUACAUUUAAAGAAUAUUAUUGCAUGAAACCGCUAAACUUUUGUUGAACAAGUUAUUUCAAAUAUUUGUUGAAAGAAAACUGUUCUGCGAACAUAAAAUAAAGUUCUUUAAAAAAAAAAAUUACGUCCACUUAAAUAAACCAAAAAACAACAACAAAAAAACGGGAGGAAAAAAAACAAACAAACCAAGCGCACCGUUCUGAAUAAAGGCUGACUAAAAAUACUUACACCAAAAAUAUCUUCACUUCAACGUCCUCUGAAGUCAUUCAGAUUUAAUUUUUUUUGUAUCCUCUUUUCUCCCUCUACAUUUCACCAUUUGUUUAAAUGACAGUUUUUGAUAUUAGGGGCCAAGGACCAAACUUCGCAGGUACCACCUGUCUGUAGGUCAAAGGUGUGAUUUAUAUCGACCAAUAAACCACCCCAAACCCCCCCCCCCCCAAAAAAACAAAAAAAAAAAACAAAAAAACAAAAAAAAAAAAAAUAUUAGGGGCCAAGGACCAAACUUCGCAGGUACCACCUGUCUGUAGGUCAAAGGUGUGAUUUAUAUCGACCAAUAAACCACCCCAACCCCCCCCCCCCCAACAAAACCAACAACAAAAACCAAAAAACCAAAAAGACAAGAAACAACAACACCAACAAAAAAAACACAAAAGCAACUCGCAGCAACAACAAAUCAACAAAAAAAAACAAACAACAACAUCAAAAAAAGCAACAACAAGAACCAACAACAACCAACAACAACCGACAACAAAAAUACAAAAUAUUGAGAACAUUACUUCGUGUAGCUUGAGUCAGUUGGUGCAUACAAAGUCAUUUCAUUGCCUACCGUGCAAAGCAUGUAUUUAUUUUUUUUCUUUUUAAAAAUGACAGAUGAUUAUUUUCAUGACCAUUUCAGGAGUCUACACCAAUGGCUAAAAAGAACAGAGCAGACCAAGGGAAAAAUCCGCCGACAAAGAAAAAAAGCCGUGAAAAGUUGUAGAGUGGUUGCUCUUUGUCUGUUUACGUUUGUGUUGUACAUACGUUGCUCACCAGUGACAUUGCACACGAAUUGACUUGGCACCUGUCAUACCCUGUCACAAAAAACGAGCCGUUAUUGAUUUAGUGAUAGGAAAGAAGAAGUGGCACCAUGAGAUUUCCAUUGUAUAUACACGUGCAACACCAUGUAUUUAAGAAGUCGGGGCUGUUAUAUUCCUGCCAUGCUUCACUAUAAAUUAUCAACAUAACGUUAGAAAGAACAUAUAUUUUAUACCGAAGGAGGGCAUUUAUUUCUUAAGCAUACACAAUAAUGGUGAUGUUUAAAAAAAUCCUGCACAUCUCCAUUAUGCAAUGCAAAUGACAACCAAUUGGAAAAAAAAAUAUUAACAAGGAAUAUUAUAACACAAGAAAACUAUAAGGAUGUCAGCUUAUUAUUAAUUAUUAUUUUUGAGACUUCAACCAAGUCUUAUGUGUCUAUAUUAAUCCUAGACACGGUCUAGGAAACGUUAAUUUUAACCUUGUUCUUUCCAGGUCCUCAACGGUAACUUUAGUUUUUGCCAUCUUGGUUGCUGUCUUCAGUGUGGCCAUUCUGAUUUUCGUGACUGUGAAAUCCCAUGGAGACGUCUCAGAUAAAACCCUGGUGCGAAUUUUUUGUAAAUUUAUUUGCUUUCAUGCGGCUUGUUUGUAUAAAUGAAAUAGUCGAACACGGUAUGUUGAAAUAGUAGAACUUGGUAUGUUGAAAUAGUAGAACUUGGUAUGUUGAAAUAGUAGAACAAGGUAUGUUGAAAUAGUAGAACAAGGUAUGUUGAAAUAGUAGAACAAGGUAUGUUGAAAUAGUAGAACAAGGUAUGUUGAAAUAGUAGAACUUGGUAUGUUGAAAUAGUAGAAAAAGGUAUGUUGAAAUAGUAGAACUUGGUAUGUUGAAAUAGUAUAACUUGGUAUGUUGAAAUAGUAGAACUUGGUAUGUGGACGUGGAAUCUUGAAUCAGAAGACAGGACAAGAAGAUGUGAACGUAUCGGCCUAGAGCCUUCUUCGGCGAACAGGAAAAAUGAAUUUACGACAAGAAAGUUGCUUUGCGACACUUGCCUUCUUUUCUUUAAAAAAAUAAAUAAAUAUUUUUGUUGCUUAUUAACGAACAAUGUGUUUUACUGUUGGCUCAUUGGAAAGGGAAAAGGGGGAGGGUAGGGUUAACUAGUUUUAAGGGUGCUGGGUGGCCGAUCGGUCUAAAAUGAGCAGAUCACAAGCUUGUGGUGUGGAGUUAACUCUCCAGUAAAGCACAGAAAAGCACCAAAUGAACAACACGAGCACCCCUGGGGGAUGGCAAUGAUCAACUUUGGAUGGUGACUCAUUUAAAAGAAGGCAUCUCAUCUAAGUGAAGAAUAAACUCUGAAACAAACCCGCAGGCGGGGCUCCCGUAGGUGGGAUAACGCAAUGAACACUCCGACAAUGCCUAAGAAGUAGAACACAUAAAGAGCACAAUGAGACACAAGAUACACUGCCGGUCAUCUACUGCAUCCUGGUCUAUCUUCCAGUCGCCUUGGACCAAACAGGCAAGGACGAGAGAGUGAGGCUGACGAAUCGAGCAGCCCCCCGUCACUUGAAAGAAAAUACAUUUCAAGUCAAGGCUGCUACGCAUGUGGACGCCUUAUAUAUAUAUUAGUUAUACUAGUUAUAUAUAUAACUAGUAAAGAACCGCUCUUCGUUGUCGUUGUGAUUAAUUAACAUAGAAAAAUAAUGAAGAGAUUCGACUAACGUUAAACUAUACGGUAAACGUUAAAAGAAAAAAGAGCCCAAUACCAUUAUGUAUGCUUACUGAUAGCCCCCAUUCCACCUCACCCCCGUCUCUUUCGUUUGUUAUUGAUGCGAAUUUAUUGAAUGUUAUGUUCUUUAAAAUGUGCCGAUAAAAGAAGUGAGAGUUUAAGGCCUUUUGGUUCAGAUCAAUGUGUAGCAUCUGUUCUUAUUCCACCGGGUUACCAAACAAGGCAAAGGGGUGGGAGUGGGGGUGGCGGGGGUUGUGAAUCGCUUUGUGUAUGGCAAGGGCCGGGGUAGAACAGAUGAAAGACCUGCAAGGCCAAGAGACUCGCAAGGACACACUCUGAAGAGGAACUACCCCAAUAUUGUAGUACUUCUGGGGAGAACCCUUAACACAAAAAAAAUAAAAAAAAUAAUUGAAGGUUCAGGUAUAAGUCCCUUUAUGCCACACCGCCCUCCCUGCUUUACGGCCUUAUUUGACGCGCAUUACCUUCUAUCUAAGCUUAAUAGCAUGCUCUGGUUUAAUGCGGGGUUUUGUUACUUUCAUAACACACGAACACACGGCUUAGCUGAUGAUAUCAACCUGGAACCUUAUAUUAUUUAAUCGAAUACUUAUUCGAAAAUAAUUACAAGAUACAAAUAAACACCCAAUUAAAGCAGGAGAGAGAUGUUGGUGUAAUACGACUUGCUUUUUUAGUUGUAAUUGAAAAGUCUUGACUUAUAAGUGACCAGAAUACAUCAAGUUUAAAUAGCUGGUAAUUUUAUUUUUUUAAAAUAUAUUUUUUUAAAAAUAUUUUUUUUUUAAAUUAUAAAAAAUAAUAAACCAUUAAUUUUUUUGUGAGAAUUGAGAUUGUAAUGUGUAAAGUGUAAAGCUUUAAGUGUACCUUGCAAAGUAAUCGUUGCAUGUCACAUUUGAGACAGAAUGAAAACAGUGACUGUCUUUGACAAUCCGAUGAACACCAACUGACCACAAACCGACCACUCACUGACAGAUCACUAACCUUUUCAUUACAUUGCAGCCUACAAGAGAUGACCACGUCAACUGUAUCGACUGCAAGUCUCUGCUGGGUAACGUCAGCCAAGUUCAUGGCAAGACAUUAGACGUGCUCAAAGAUGACCAGACCGAGGGUCCAGAUGGAGACAAGAAGUGCUGUCCCCUUGGGCAAACAGAUGUUGAGGAGAUGCUCGACAAGGUGAUGGAAUGAUUUCUCGUGGUCACUUUUUGUCUUCAUUUAUAACAUUGGAGAUUAGGACUUGGCAUGUCAUUGGUGGUUUUGUAGAGACCGUUGACUUUAAAUGGAUAUAUUUAUCUCUACUGAUAUCUCUACUGAUAUCUCUACUGAUAUCUCUACUGAUAUCUCUACUGAUAUCUCUACUGAUAUCUCUACUGAUAUCUCUACUGAUAUCUCUACUGAUAUCUCUACUGAUAUCUCUACUGAUAUCUCUACUGAUAUCUCUACUGAUAUCUCUACUGAUAUCUCUACUGAUAUCUCUACUGAUAUCUCUACUGAUAUCUCUACUGAUAUCUCUACUGAUAUCUCUACUGAUAUCUCUACUACUACUAAUAUCUCUACUGAUAUCUAUAGUGAAAUUUGUACUGAGAUCUCUGCUGAUAUCUCUACUGACAUCUCUAAUGAUAUCUCUACUAAUAUCUCUACUGUUAUCUCUCUCUACUGAUAUCUCUACUGAUGUCGCUACUGAUAUCUCUAUUAAUAUCUCUACUGUUAUCGCUCUCUACUGAUACAUCUACUAAUAUCUCUACUGUUAUCUCUCUUUACUGAUAUCUCUACUGAAAUCUGUACUGUUAUCUCUACUGAUAUCUCUUCUGAUAUCUCUAUUAAUAUCUCUAGUGAAAUCUCUACUGAUAUCUCUACUGUUAUGUCUACUGACCUCUAUGCUGAUAUAUGUACUAAGAUCUCUACUGAUAUCUACAUAUAUCUCCACUGAUAUCUCUAAAGAUAUCUCUACUGACAUCACUGCUGAUAUAUGUACUGAUAUAUCUACUGAUAUCUCCACUGACAUCUCUACUGAUAUCUCUACUGAUAUCUCUACUGAUAUCUCUACUGAUAUCUCUCUCCACUGAUAUCUCUACUGAUAUCUCUACUGAUAUCUCUACUGAUAUCUCUACCAAUUUCUCUACUAUCUCUCUACUGAUAUCUCUACUGAUAUAUCUGCUGACAUCUCUACUAAUAUAUCUAAUGAUAUAUCGACUGAUAUCUCUACUGAUAUAUGUACUGAUAUCUCUACUGACAUCUCUACUUAUAUCUCAACUGAUAUCUCUAUCCGCCAUCUUCGACGAUAAAACAAUAUAUCGAUAAUUCCUCCCCUCAAUGUAAUGAAAGCAAUGCAGACUGGGCCAGACCACUUACCUCGCCCACUCCUCCUCACUACGACAAUGACUGAUAUCGCAUUUAUAAAUAUCUUUACAUUGCGUACAUCGGGUUGAAGUCGUCCUGGAGUGGGCGAAGCUUUUUACCCCCCCCCCCCUUUUUUUUUUUUUGUUUUUCGUUUCCACGGGGAAUAAGUCAACUCUACAAUGAGCCGAAACUACCGCCCUGCCUCCUGGGCAGACCCCCCGCUCCGGACCACCCCCCCCCCGGGGUCGUCCUACGCCACUGGCUCACAUCUAUAUUCUAAGUUAUAUUAUUAUGUCAUUUAAAAGGUAUACUUUAAAGAUUUCUUGAUACGUUAAAUUCAAUCAUUAAUAUGUUAUGUUGGUCUCUUCUGUGCACAGAUCAUGGACGUCCAAGACGCGAUUACGGGUAACAGUGGCGACGUUUAUCACUAGAGCGCAAGUGUGAUGCAGGGGCGUCUUCGGUUGAAAAAGUUGUGACGUGUGUCACUAGCAAGUGUGAUGCAGGGGCGCCUUCGGUUUAAAAAGUUGUGACGUUUAUCACUAGCAAGUUUGAUGCAAGGGCGUCUUCGGAUGAAAAAGUUAUGAUGUUUAUCAAUAGCAAGUUUGAUGCAAGGGCGUCUCCGGUUGAAAAAGCUGUGACGUUUAUCACUUGCAAGUUUGAUGCAAGGGCGUCUCCGGUUGAAAAAGCUGUGACGUUUAUCACUUGCAAGUUUGAUGCAAGGGCGUCUCCGGUUGAAAAAGCUGUGACGUUUAUCACUAGCAAGUUUGAUGCAAGGGCGUCUCCGGUUGAAAAAGCUGUGACGUUUAUCACUAGCAAGUUUGAUGCAAGGGCGUCUUCGGAUGAAAAAGUUGUGACGUUUAUCGUUAGAGAACAAGUAGUGUGUGUGCAAGUGGGGGUGGGGGUGGUCUUCGGUUGAAAAAUGUGUGGUGUGAGUUAAGGAAGAUUUAUCGUGUGUUGGAGAUGUGUCUGAAAGUUGGAGAUGUGUCUGAAAUUUGGAGUUGUGUCGCAAGUCGGAGAUGUGUCGCAAGUCGGAGAUGUGUCGCAAGUCGGACUAAAAGUCGGAGAUAUUUUUGAAAGUCGGAGAUGUGUCGCAAGUCGGAGAUGUGUCUGAAAGUCGGAGAUGUGUCGUAAAUCGGAGAUGUGUUUGAAAUUCGGAGAUAUGUUGCAAUUUGGAGAUGUGUCUGAAAGUCGGAGAUGUGUCGCAAGUUGGAGAUGUGUCGCAAGUCGGAGAUGUGUCUGAAACUUGGAGAUGUGUCGUAAGUCGGAGAUGUGUCUGGAAGAAUGUGUCCUAUAAAAAAAAAGGGGGUGGGGGGUUGAAGAAACUUCAUUUAUCCAAGAACCACCGAAUGAUUCUUUCAUCGGAAAAAAAAAAAAAAAAAAAAAAAAAAAAAAAAAAAAAAAAAAAAAAAAAAAAAAAAAAAAAAAAAAAAAAAAAAAAUAAAAAAAAAGGGGGUGGGGGGUUGAAGAAACUUCAUUUAUCCAAGAACCACCGAAUGAUUCUUUCAUCGGAAAAAAAAAAAAAAAAAAAAACCGGGUUUCUAGUUGUGAUCGAGUGCAUUGUGCUUACCAUGGGUCAGCGUAUGUUUACACAAAGGAAACCAUUGUUUGGACUCUAUAACUAACUUAACAUAAAGAAAGGAGUUAAGAAACUAAAAGAGUGCACAUUUAAUUGCAUUACAAUGAAAUAAAAUCACAAUAAUACAAAUCAUGCUUUUAAAACAGACACACACAUACACCCCCCCACACACACACACACACUCACACAUAUAUAUUAUACAUUUCAAAUACUCAUUGAAAUAUAAAUGUUACCAAUUUUUUUUUCUUUCUCAUGUAGCCCAAAGCACAGAGAUACCAAUGGAUAACAUCAAGGGUCUACCUGUAGCACAUAAAUCUAUGUUGCCGUAUACGCAAAUUUUAGAGCCGACAAAGGGCGGUAAGGAACCUGACAUAAUUUUUUUUGUAAUCCAUAACAGACAUACUUAUCGAUGUCUCGAACUGAGUUGACAUAAGAUUAUAAGAUAAGAUAAGAUAAGAUGCUUUUUUAUUGAUUCAAAGAAAUGAAAUAUUCCCUUUGGUUUACGUUUUACAUGUGACGUUCAGUCUUAGACAUUUGGUUAGGUAAUCGAGUACUUUGAGGUAAUCGAGUACUUUGAACAAUGAACACGCCUCAGUCAAAUCCUAACACAUCUUAAUGCAUUUAAUAUUUCUAGAGACUUGUUCAAAUCCGAGCAAUUUAUAUAUAUAUAUAUAUAUAUAUACUAGGGCUUAACCGUGUUUUUUUGUUGUUGUUUUUUACACCGAGACCGGGGUAUUUUGAGAAAAUACCCGGUGGGUCCAAGUGUAAAAAAAAAAAAAAAGUUAUAUUAUCAUUUUCUAUAGUUAAGCUGGCCUUUAAACAAUACGCCUACAGACGGUCCUACACCCUACCUGCUGGCAUUUAAACAACAGUUUUACAGAUAGUCCUACACCCUACCUGCCGGCCUUUAAACAAUAGGCCCACAGACAGUCCUACAGACCAUCCUAAACAUGGUCCUACAGACAGUCCUAAAACAGUCCUCCACCAUACCCGUGGCUCUUUAUUGAUUAAUAUAAUUGUCUCCUCAAAAAGACAAAUUCAACCUUCUCACCUGAGUUGAACCGUCACGCAUGACGCUUGCAGCUCUAAAGUAUUUUUUUUUAAAUUUUCUCUCAGCACAUGUGAAUUAGGGGGAGGGCCGGUUGUGAAUAGGAAGCAGCCACACCAGAAGAGAAAUAUGUACACGAGAUACAAUAUCUUUGGUGAAUAAUGUAUAGAGCCUACCAUCUCAUAUCUAUAGUAGUGUUAAGACCCAGGGACCAGUAUCCAUUUAUUUAAUGUAACCUUUUGAACUUCUUUUCCAAGAGUUAUCUUUACGCCUGCAAUGUCGUAUCUAAAGUACUGCAAGGGCCUUUACUCUCGCAUCUCUAGGUAUGGGAGGCAUACGCCUGCAAUGUCGUAUCUUAAGUACUGCAAGGGCCUUUACUCUCGCAUCCCUAGGGAUGGGAGGCAUACGCCUGCAAUGUCGUAUCUAAAGUACUGCAAGGGCCUUUACUCUCGCAUCCCUAGGGAUGGGAGGCAUACGCCUGCAAUGUCGUAUCUAAAGUACUGCAAGGGCCUUUACUCUCGCAUCCCUAGGGAUGGGAGGCAUACGCCUGCAAUGUCGUAUCUUAAGUACUGCAAGGGCCUUUACUCUCGCAUCCCUAGGGAUGGGAGGCAUACGCCUGCAAUGUCGUAUCUAAAGUACUGCAAGGGCCUUUACUCUCGCAUCCCUAGGGAUGGGAGGCAUACGCCUGCAAUGUCGUAUCUUAAGUACUGCAAGGGCCUUUACUCUCGCAUCCCUAGGGAUGGGAGGUAUACUCCUGCAAUGUCGUAUCUAAAGUACUGCAAGGGCCUUUACUCUCGCAUCCCUAGGGAUGGGAGGCAUACUCCUGCAAUGUCGUAUCUAAAGUACUGCAAGGGCCUUUACUCUCGCAUCUCUAGGGAUGGGAGGCAUACGCCUGCAAUGUCGUAUCUAAAGUACUGCAAGGGCCUUCACUCUCGCAUCCCUAGGGAUGGGAGGCAUACGCCUGCAAUGUCGUAUCUUAAGUACUGCAAGGGCCUUCACUCUCGCAUCCCUAGGGAUGGGAGGCAUACGCCUGCAAUGUCGUAUCUAAAGUACUGCAAGGGCCUUCACUCUCGCAUCUCUAGGGAUGGGAGGCAUACGCCUGCAAUGUCGUAUCUAAAGUACUGCAAGGGCCUUUACUCUCGCAUCCCUAGGGAUGGGAGGCAUACGCCUGCAAUGUCGUAUCUAAAGUACUGCAAAGGCCUUUACUCUCGCAUCCCUAGGGAUGGGAGGCAUACGCCUGCAAUGUCGUAUCUAAAGUACUGCAAGGGCCUUUACUCUCGCAUCCCUAGGGAUGGGAGGCAUACGCCUGCAAUGUCGUAUCUAAAGUACUGCAAGGGCCUUUACUCUCGCAUCUCUAGGGAUGGGAGGCAUACGCCUGCAAUGUCGUAUCUAAAGUACUGCAAGGGCCUUUACUCUCGCAUCCCUAGGGAUGGGAGGCACUAACAAUUAACUCCCUUCUCCUUACAAUGACAGGUCAGGAUGGCAUGCAUGUCAUGAGUUUCAAUGUUUCUGGCGAUAACCGACCGUUAGAGUUUGUCAGGGGUGUCAAGUUAUUGAAUGAUGGAUUACAGAUUAGCCAUCCAGGUAAAAAGAUUAUUACUUUUUUUGGCCUGAAACUAUAAUCAGUAAAAUUAGCCAAUAAAUAAAAUUUAGUUUAAAACGACAUUAUAUAUGGUAUAAGGUUAAUAAUCCUAUAGAAAAAAAUGGUUGUGUAAAUAAUUUACAAACUGAAGCAUCCUAGAGAUUUAUUGUGAAGUUAACGAAGCCCAGCCACCUGCCCCCCCCCCCUUUUUUUUUUCUUCAGACCUUAGGUUAAUGAGUAAUUGUAUCCAAAGCUCGUACAGUCAUUAACGAUAUAAUCAGUAAUGUAUUCCAAUGCCCUCACACUCCCUGGUAUAUCGUCAAAUAAAACAAGACUAUUACCUAAAGUACCUUACCUAAAUGUCCUAUUAGCUAAACUAGCGUCUUUACUUCCACAGGAAUGUACUUUGUUUACUGCAGUAUACAUUUUAGAAAAACCAACAUAGAAAAACCCGAGGUAAGCAUCUAAUAUCAAUAAACAAACCCGAGGUAACAUCUAAUAUCCAAUAGAUUAACCCGAGGUAACAUUUAAAUUCAAUAGACUAACCCGAGGUAACAUCUACAUUCAAUAGACAAACGCGAGAUAACAUGUAAAUUCAAUAGACAAACCCAAGGUAACUCUAAAUUCAAUAGACAAACUCAAGGUAACAUCUAAAUUCAAUAGAAAAACCCAAGGUAACAUCAAAAUUCAAUAGACUCAAGGUAACAUCUAAAUUCAAUAGACAAACCCAAGGUAACAUCUAAAUUCAAUAGACAAACGCGAGAUAACAUCUAAAUUCAAUAGACAAACCCAAGUUAAAUCUAAAUUCAAUAGACAAACGCGAGAUAACAUGUAAAUUCAAUAGACAAACCCAAGGUAACAUAAAAAUUCACUAGACAAACCCAAGGUAACAUCUAAAUUCAAUAGACAAGUGCAAGAUAAGAUCUAAAUUCAAUAGACAAACCCAAGGUAACGUCUAAAUUCAAUAGACAAACCCAAAGUAACGUCUAAAUUCAAUAGACAAACCCUAGGUAACGUCUAAAUGCAAUAGACAAACCCAAAGUAGCGUCUAAAUGCAAUAGACAAACCCAAAGUAACGUCUAAAUUCAAUAGACAAACCCAAAGUAACGUCUAAAUUCAAUAGACAAACCCAAAGUAACGUCUAAGUUCAAUAGACAAACCCAAAGUAACGUCUAAAUUCAAUAGACAAACCCAAGGUAACGUCUAAAUGCAAUAGACAAACCCAAAGUAACGUCUAAAUGCAAUAGACAAACCCAAAGUAACGUCUAAAUUCAAUAGACAAACCCAAAGUAACGUCUAAAUUAAAUAGACAAACCCAAAGUAACGUCUAAAUGCAAUAGACAAACCCAAAGUAACGUCUAAAUUCAAUAGACAAACCCAAAGUAACGUCUAAAUUCAAUAGACAAACCCAAGGUAACGUCUAAAUGCAAUAGACAAACCUGAGGUAAGUUUAAAGUUGUACUUCGUUGUUAAAUUAAUGCAAACAUACAACGUUUUAUUUAUACAAAUUGUUUUUUAAAUUGCUAAGUUACUUAAAAGCUUUAGCGUAGUCCGAACCUAUUGUUCCUAAAGAUUUUUAAAAUGUACUGAGACAGUGUUAAAAUGUACUGAAACGUAGUUAAAAUGUAAUGAAACGUAGUUAAAAUGUACUAAAACAGUGUGAAAAUGUGCUGAAACUGUGUGAAAAUGUACUGACUCAGCAUUGAAAUAGCAUCCAAAGAAGAAAUGAAGUAAUUUUUAAAUUCAACUUGUUUUACUGAUUAGGCUUUGCCGCUGGCCUAGCUGCAACUGGGCGUAGCAUGAUCGAACUUGCCCUUAACAGAAUUCGUUUGUGUCCCCACAAGAGCAGCUGCUUCUACAUAUAUUAUUAUGUGAUGCUGUCGGAAUGUGUAUAUUUACAUAUGCACUGUUUUGCAAGCACCCCCCCUCCCUUCCUGAUGAAAAUAUAAUUGAUUAUUUUUUCUAGACGUGGUACUUGCAUGUGGUCAGGGUGAGACCCGCUGUCUUUAAGCCACCUGAAGUAAACGCUCUACUCAAAGCCUUGUACACCGUGUGCCAGGCCUGUCGGGAGCCAGAGGAGACUGUAUUCACAGGUAACUCGUGUGGUUUAACUGUCCCUGAUAUCUCCGCUAACCGUUAUCACCUGCACCUGAUAUCAAAAUCACCGGUAAUUGGUAUCAGAUGUAACCGAUAUCACCGGUAACUGAUAUCACCGAUAAUACCUGUCACUGACAUCACCUGUCACUAAUAUCCCCUGUAACUUAUAUCACCUGCAAUUUAUAUCACCUGUAACUAAUAUCACAUGUAAGGGCUAUCACCAUUAACUGAUAUCACCUGCAACUUCGGACAUCACCGGUAACGGAUAUCACCUGUAAAAGAUAUCACCUGUAACCAUCCCCUGUAAGUGUUAUCACCUGUAACUCUUAAGUGAGGGGGACUGAUUUUACACGUGGCACACGUUUUAACAGGUGAUUGGUGAUCCAGUAGAUUAAAUCACAUGGAGACGGAUAUAACGGGCGACUGCUAUUUCAGGUAACUUAUUACCACGGGUGACUCAAUAUUAUUUAGAGCCAGCUUGUUAACAAAGCUUCUGAAAAGUUUUUUUAUUUGUUUUGUUGCUGUAAAAUGUAUUAAAACAAAACCAAAACGAAAGCAAACAGGAAGAAUACAAAACAAGGAGACAACUUCAGUUAUAGGAUUUAUCAGUGGACGUCAUCCCAUCUUUGCCAGGCUUCUAUUAUUCUGUAUCUCUUUGUUGAUCACACGAGUAACUAGCCAGUAUUCAUAAGACAUCUAUAUCAGUUUGACACGUGAUUAGAGCAACUCUUUAUCAACAGAGCAGUGAGAUAUUUUUACAUCUUUAUCGUUAUUAACCUUGCUGUUUUAUCGUGGCCGGAAAAAUCUUCGGACGGCUAAUUGGCCCACUUCCCGUCGACCUGUCGAGCGUUGCAGAUGACAACACAUUCUGAUAAAUUUUCAGCCCCAUCCUAACCCCCCAAAAUCACUUAUUCCUGUUUUUCAAAGGAAACGAUGAGGGAAAUAUUAUGUCAAUGAUUUCACGCAAUAAAAUUCCAGAUCACUGAGCUAAGUGAGAUUUUUUUUUUUUUCAAUGCGUUUGGUGCGUAAUUUAAAAAAAAAUGUUUGGGUGUCUUUCUGAAGUAAUUGGUGAAAUCAAUCUGCGGUAUGAAAGCGGUGGCUAAUUAGAAUAUUUAUAUAAUCAAGGGCAAUGUUCCCUCUAAGGUUGUUAGUUCGUGUGCAAAAUCAUACAGUUGUGUGCAGCGUGUUACAGCAUCAAUUUUUGUGUGUGCAAAAUUUUACAGCCCACAAACACACACUUACAAGGAAAUUCGCUGCGCGGUACUCAAAACUGCUGCGCGGCGUCUGUGAGAUAGCUGCGCGGCCGCGCAGCCGUGCAGCUGAGGGGGAACAUUGAUCUAUGUUCGAUUGCGAGCCUGGGGGGGGGGGGGGGGGGGGGAAAGCAUUCAUUGGGAUUCUCAUAAAGUGCGUUACUUGUAGGACUAUUUGGUCAAAUGUCCAGCGCCCCCAACUGGUCAAAUGUCCAGCGCCCCCAACUGGUCAAAUGUCCAGCGCCCCAACUGGUCAAAUGUCCAGCGCCCCCAACUGGUCAAAUGUCCAGCCCCCCCCCCCAACACUACCAGUGCUCGGGAUUACAUUUUAUCAAGGAGUUAUACAAAAAAUUUUGUUAUUAGAGGUUGAUUAAUUUUAUUCUGAAAUCUUCCACAGGUGGUGUGUUCCAUUUGAUAGCUGGAGACAAGGUCCAAGUGCAGCUCUCUGGGCUAAACAUUGUGGACUUCAGCACACAAUCGACAUUUUUUGGUGUGGUCAUGUUGGCCAGCUGAUAAGGGGUCGUACGCAAAUUACGUCACAUUCAGGGGGGGAAGGGGUGAGAAUAUUGACCGGUGGGAGGGGGGUAAAAAAAAUUGACGUCACGUUUUUUAAAAAAUUUAAAAUGUUCUAAUUUUGAAAAAAAAAUCUUUAUUUAAUUAAUUUUACAAACGUUUAUUUGAGGUAGAAAUUGCCUCCGGUAUUAUAGUUACUGUGAAACCAGUUGAAGAACUCUACUGCAUCUUAAUCCAUUAUAGGAAAGCUUUAAAGAAUAAAAUCAAAUAUUAGUUUAUUUAUGAAAAUUUUAUGUAUAUAUUUGAAUUUUCUUAGGUGUUACUAAACCACUAACACACAGUCGACUAAAACGACUGCCGUAGAAGAUUCGUGAAGGGAGAUCCGGUCUCGUGUUCAUCAUCUCUCAUGUGUGGGUGCCAUCACCUUGGUUACAUAUCUUCAUCUUACAACAGUUUAAUUGAAAACCAGAUGCUUUGUUUUCCUUACCUUUGUAAAUCAGGACGUUGCUAUGUUAUCGAUUCCAUUUGUGUUGUAAGCACAUGUGUUCAACUUUGAGAGUUUAUUUAUUCACCAGCGUUGUUCAGUUAAGUUCAAUUAUUUUUUAAUACAUUUUCAGCUUCCCUUAUUUUAUUGUUUGGUUUUUCAUGCAUUUUACAUUUAUUUUUAUUAUUUUAAAAUGAGGUAAAUUAAUUGCUGUUUUCAAAUGUAUAAAUUUGUGUUGUUUAUUAUUAUCUUUUUGAAAGUUGCGUAACAUAAUUUUUUUGCAUUUAUAUCCCAGAGACCCGCAACUGGGCUCCACAUCUUUGUAUUAAGGAAAAUUUUCAUUUCUCCAAGUUGUCUGUAACAUUGUUUAACUCACGAGACAUAAAGUGGUUAAAGUUUAGAAGCCAUUGGCAAGUAUGCAUGGCCCAGUUGGCGCCGAUAGGGUUGGUGUCAACCCAGUGUGGUCAACGGCAUGGUGUCAGCCUUCCCCCCCCCUCCCCCGUUUAAUAACGUGAAUGACGUUUGCUUGGUCAAUUUUUUUUUUUUUACCUUUUCAAAUUUCCUUCUCCUUUAGCGUUAUGCAUUGCUCAGUCUGUUGGUGCACCAUUUUCACUAAGUAUGGUGGUGAACUACUAUCGCCAAGUUUGGUGGUGCACCAUUACCACUGAGUCUGUUGGUGCACCAUUAUCGCUAAGUCUGGGGGUGCACUAUGGUCUCUCAAAGCUUUUUACACAACAACACAACACAGCUCACGUCACAUAAGAUACGACGUAUCGUAUAAGUAACGUAGCCCCAAACACACUAUUUUUAAAAAAAAAAUAUGUAACUGCAUCUAGUUAUCCAUUUUUGGUGGAUAUCUGUUUAAGGCAGCGGUUCUCAACCUCAACCACAGUUAUAAAGUAUCAAAGAAAAUAAUUUUGAGGCUGGGGGUUGCCACAACAUGAGGAACUGUAUUAAAGGGUCGUGGCAUUAGGAAGGUUGAGAACCACUGGUUUAAGGGAUCGUUCGCAAAUUACGUCACGCUAAGGGGAGGGG